UCUGUUCCCGAAAAACCACAACACAAGUCAAACUGGUCAGGCCAGGACCGGCACUCUGGGACUUUACGAGACUAUCUUUCAGUUAGUCGGUAGUUUUUGGGCUCCAGCUGCCUUUUAUCGACAGCUGUUUCAUGGGAACCCAGGAGGGAGAGAGAGAUUGGGUUGAUGUGGCAAAUGAUCUUCUCAGCAAGUGUCACAUAAAGUUACGGCUGAGGAUAAUCACAGACUGUAAUGCAGAUGUUUUCAUUGCUUUGUAUGAGAACAUCUUGGGGGAGAAAGUUCCAGAUUAUAUCGCAGCACCAUGCAGUCAAGAGGAUGAAGUCCAUAAUGUUCAGUCUGUGAUUGAUUCACUGUCUUUGGAUUACCUUCAGAUCAGCCUCUCACACAUUACAGGAGAAAAUGUUGUCAGAGGGGACGAAGAGUCUAUCAAGAACCUCCUGGAAAUCUUUGACGGCCUCCUGGAAUAUCUCAACGAGGAGAUAAAUGAGGAAUCACAGAAUGGAGAGGAACUGAAUGACAGUCUCAAUGAAGAUGAAAACAAAGAGCCAGCAAGCUGUGACGCUACAGAGCAGGAGGAGGCAAAGCUGGAGGGAGCGUCCUUAUCAUCCAGUGUCGAAUCUGCUGUCCAGUCCAGUAAACAGUCCCUCCAUUCCUGGAAUGCCGAAGAGUUGGGAUCAGCCAGCGAGCUCAUUGGUCUGGGAGUCUCUGCACGCACAUUUGUAGACAAACAAGAAGGACCAACUGUCCUUCCUCAAACCUCGGAUGCAGUCACCACCUCUGGUCCUGUAGACUCCAAAGAAGCUCCGCAGACUGAACCGAUGCACUCUGCCAUCGCUCUGCAGCCACCCAACCAGAGUGACACUCCCCACAGUCCUGACAUCAGCCCACACUCACCCAGUCCACCUCCCACUGCUGCUGGCCCCAGCUUGGUUCACGCUGGGGAGGAAGCAACUGCUGUCACUACAGAGACCUCUAAGGUAGCUGAGACCAUUGUUACCAAUGGACUGCAGUCUCCUGCCCUUAGCCAGUCACCUGCUGCAAGCGAGAAGUCUUUGUCCAGCCAGCAAAGAGCGAGGACAGAAGUGGAGGGAGAGACUCUGGAGCCAACUAAUGGAGGCCCCAGGAGGGUUUUAUUCCGCACCCAACCAGAUGUGCUCUUCCUCACCCUGCAAGAGGCAAUGACACCCACCACUCCUUCUCCACCAGACACUGAAGAGGAAGAGCAAGAUGAGGAAGAUCUGCGGUUUGCACGAAGAUUACAGGACAGACGUAUAGGUCACAGAGAUAGGACAGGCCUCAGAAACAAGACAGCACAAGAGGAUUUUGAAGAGCCUCUGUCUUAUCGCAGACAGAGGAACAAGCAAGCAGAAGAGGAGUUGCAACACAUAUCUGAGAAUCUUUCUCAUCGACUAGAGGAACUUGACCAGAUGCUUAAACGGGUUCUGGGUGAAAGUGGAGAGUCCAGUGAGGUGAGGGAAGAGGACAAGCAGUCCCACCACAGCGACAGCAUCAUGGAGUGUCGUCGGACUCCCAGACAACACACGGUUUCAGGAACAUCUGAUCCGGAAUCCACCCACCGGACGCGCUCCCUGUCCCCCUCCCCUCCUCGAGUCCGUCCCUCCCUGCAGGGACAGUUAGAGGAGGCCAUGGCAGAAGCUUUGAGUCUGGAUGAUGGGAGACAAACCAACGUCGCAGCGUUUGAUCAUCCGAGGCGAGGAGAGCUACACCACAGAGCAUCUCAGAGAAAACACAACAAGCAUCUGGUGAACAAAGCCUAUGAGGAGGAGUUGAAAAGAUAUGAAGACAAGGAACGAACAGAGCUGGACAAGGCACGUCUCAAAGCACAGGAAGCUGAGCGGGAGUACCGAGAGGCCAUACUGGGGGAUGUUUCUCAAACGCCCAGAGCGUCUCCGGCUAAAACAAAGGCUCAGCAUAGGUCACAACGAAACAGACAGACCAAAUCAGCACAGAGACGACUGGCUCCCAGGAAAGCUCCACCAAUGAAAAUUAGAGAGAAUGAGCUCCUGCCUUUAGUCCGGGAGGAGCUGCCUCACCUUCACAUCUCCCCUCACGCCCUGGAUCGGAUGUGGGAGCAGCAAAUGCAUCAGGUGGACAGACUCCACGCCGUGUCAUCCUCUCACAGUCAGCGUCGCAGCAAACUCUCCAGUCAGGUGGAGGAGGCCCAGAGGAAGCACGACCUGCUGGUGGAGCUCGUCCGUAAAGACCAGGACCACAGCAGGCGCCUGAGGGACUUCAAGGAUCGAAUCCAGCAGCAGAAGUCGACACAGAACAGACUGAAGGAACAGAGGCAGCAGAUAGCUCGUGCCAAGAAGUACCACAACGACUACCACGUUCAGCACCGAGCUCGCCUGAUGAGGGCUCGCACCAAGGAGGAGAGGAUGUUUCGGCAGCUGUUUGAGGAGGGUUUGGAGUUACAGAAGGUCCGGUUGAGAGAGCAGAGAGCCUACGCCAGGGAGCAGCGAAUGGAGCAUCAGCGACGGCACCAGGAUCAGAUCAAGUCCAUGGAGAACUACUACAAAGACCAAUUUUCACUACUUGCUGAAAAACUUGCACAAGAGCGGCAGGAGAUCCAGGUUCGGAAAAAAGCUCAAGAAAAGGCUCUUCUAAAGAUGAAGCGAGAGCUGCGUUCCAGGAUGGAGCGUGAAAUCGGUGAGCUGCAGAAGAUCAUCAUUCAGAACGACGAGGACGACUACUUCCAGGAUCUGGAGGUCCAGAGGCUGCGUAAUCGGGUCCAGAUGGCCUCGUUCCAGUACAACACUAGCUAUCUGCACUGAUCGGGGGGGCUACAACAUGUGGUUGAAGCUCCAGUCAAUCAAGGGAACGUGCUGCGAAAGACUUUUCUGCUAUUCACAACCAAGGGUACGAGAAUCUGAUGCAUGAGCAGGACUGUCGCCUCAGACAUCUUCCUUCAGAGAUUUGCACAGGAAGAGGAAAGUCACAUUGUAAGAACUUCUACAAGAUUAUUGAUCAUUAAUGAACUCGACACACUCCAACGAUAUGUAGCUAAUUUAGCUAACUCUUCCUCUCACCUCAGCUGCUACACCUAAAGACACCUUGGACCAAGUCCCCUUCUUCCAUGGGUUCUAGUACUUGAUAACUAAGAAUGUUUUAACUCCCUCACUGUGCGGUUAUUGUGUGCUGUCAAUGUAGCAAAAAAAAUAGUAAAAUGUUCUUCCUUUUGCCAAAUAUGGACCACAGAUGCAAAUUUAAGUAUGAAUGUCACACACUGACAAGACUUAACUUCCUUUUUUUGUUUUGUUUUGUGUUUCCUCCCAUGUGCGAUGUCUUCCUUUUAAUAUUUUAACCUUGACAGUGGAUUAUUUAUUUUUUAACUUUAAUGAUGUUUGAUUUUUAAAUUAACCUGGUGAGGUUUUGGAUCACUGGGGGGGCAAUGAUAAUCUGUCUUUCCUGACUUCUCCUUUCCCUCAGCUCCAUUGUGAUCGUUUUUAACCCUCAGCCAGAACUUAAGACAUGAUGGUUUUGAACUAACUCACCGAGGGUUCCGAUGCUACAACACUGUCUGCUGACAUUGUACCUAAUGUCAUCACCCAUUAAAUGUGUGGGCCCACUCGUCUCCUCUGGCUGAAACGUGUCACAGUUAUUUGCAUGAGAUGCAGAUGCCCUUUUUCUUUCUUCUUGAGAUUCAACGCUGAAUAAACCCGACCAAAGUAUGAAAUGCAUAAGAAAAUUGCUGCUGAGCAAAAUAAAGACGAACAUUUUAAAUCCAA